AUGGACGCAAGAAAAGUGCUUGAUCCUCCCUAUGCUUUCAAUUUGUCUCCAUCUCAUUUCUUCUUGCAAAAAGAAAACUCAGAUACCACUGUUGUGAUUAACCGUGAGACUAAUGGAAUAACAGUUGAAGAAAAACACUCUCAGCUUCCAGGGAAGCCAAAAGAAUGCUAUAGUAAGGAACCGAUAUUGAUCAGCAUGAGCUGGGAGAACUCCUAGCAGCUUUCCAAUUCAAAUUGACGAAAUAACUCGGGGAGCCGACAAAUCCCUUAUACUAGGCUUAUUUGUCAAGUCCCAAGUUGAUUCAUCACCUUGAGUUGGAAAACCAAAUCUGGGAGUUGCUAGUCAUUCUCCCAGCCUAAGCUGAUCAUAUCUGUUCCUAGUCUAUAUGGUUUCAUCGGUAUUGCUAAAUUUUCAUUUACGAACUAUGUGAUCGUCAUUACACAGGCUAAUUACAUUGGGCGUAUUAAAGACUCUUAUAUUUUGCAAAUAGUAGAUGCAGAAUUUAUGCCUUACUCAAGUAGCCAAGAAAAUCCUCCAGAGAGGAAAAAAGAUGAUUAUUUUAUAGCUGAUUUUUUUUACCAAAAAUUAUACCAAUUAAAAAAGCCUAUUAAUUUUAGAAAAAAUUAUCGGAAAUAUUUUAUAAACUUAUUGCUUGAAUUAAUCCGCUCAAAAGCAUUUUAUUUCUCCUACGACUAUGACCUUACACACUCUAUGCAGAGAGCAGCCAAUUUUUCCGACAAACAAAGUGCUUCUUACUUAUGGGAAAGAGCAGAUUAUAAAUAUUUCUGGAACUCCUUUUUAUCAGAAGACUUCAUGAAUGCUGGUGCCAGCGACGUAAUAAUUCCUAUAAUUAAUGGGUUUGUGCAAGCAGAAAGUAUCAUUAUUGAAGGAUCGCCAUUAGAGUUUAUUUUGAUAAGCAGGAGAGACCAUAGAAGAGCAGGGACAAGAUUUAACACAAGAGGACUAGAUGAAUCAGGUCAUGCAGUUAACUUUGUAGAAACUGAACAAAUUAUAACGUGUUUACGCAAUGGAAAAGUCACAGUUUGCUCCUUUGUGCAGAUUAGAGGAUCAAUACCGCUUAUUUGGCAGCAGAAACCUAAUUUAAAGUGGGCACCUAAGCCGAGAGUUCUAGGAGGUGUGCAGCAGAGCUCAAAUGCAGCUUUUCAGCAUUUUACUGACUCCCCCCCCCCCUCCGUGAGCGAACAAAAAAAAUUUUGUUCGCUCACGGAGGGGGGUUAAUUUUUUUUUUUUAAAAAAAAUUUAUAUAUAAAUUUUAUAAAAAAAUAUUUUUUUCGAAAUUUAAAAAAAUCCUAAUUUGCAAAAAUUGGGAAGCAAAUAUUAAAUUUAAUUUGCAAAAUUUAUGUUUUAAAACGCAAUUUGUUUAAAAUUAAACAGAAUUAGCUCUAGAUUUCAUUAUACUAAUUAUCACUUAUAUAUCAAAAUUUUUUUCCAUUAAAAUUUUUUCUAUUAAAAAAAAUUUUUGUUCACUCACGGAGGGUGGGUUUUUGGUCAAAAAAUGGCGAUUUUUCUAAUGGUUUUGUUCGCUCACGGAGGGGGGGGGGGGAGUGAGCUUCAUGAGGUUUAUUCAGGAAUUUCAAUGAUAAAUUUGAUUGAUAAAAGUGGAAGUCAAAAGAUGAUGGGAAACGCCUUUGGUGAGCUAGUGGAAAUUGUGAAGGAUGACAAAUUAAGUCUUAUUUGGUUCGAUUUUCACCAUGAAUGCAAAAAAAUGAAAUACGAAAAUCUAACUUUUCUAAUAUUUAAUAAAUUUUUGGUUUUAUUAAUGUUUUUUAGGAAAUUUAAUAUUCAUUUAUUAUGUCUAUAAUCCUAAAUGUCUAAAAUUUUAAUUAAAUAGCAUAUAAAAGUAUAUUAUUUGCAUAUUGAUAAGGUUUAGAGUAAGCAAACUAUUAGCAGAAGUAGAGACUGAUUUAUCAAACUACCAAUGGUGCCAAUUAAGCGUCGAUGAAGGCCUUCCUUUUACUAGAGCUGAAGUGGUUUUAAACCAAAAUGGAGUUUUCAGGACAAAUUGUAUGGAUUGCUUAGACAGGACUAAUGUUGUGCAGUCUGUAUUCGCCAGAAAUGUUUUGCAUAGGCAGCUUUAUUCACUUAAAAUUCAUUCCAAGCCCACAGGAGAAGCCUUCCAGCCAUUUCCAGAGCCAUUAGAAGACUGUUUUAGAUCUUUUUGGACGAAUAAUGCUGAUGAGCUAAGCUUGCUAUAUUCAGGAACCCCAGCACUUAAAACUGAUUUCACAAGGACAGGAAAAAGAACAAUAAAAGGAGCAAUCAAUGAUGGAGUUAAUAGCGUGACAAGGUAUAAUAUCAAUAAUUUCAUGGACGGGAGACGUCAAAAUUCUCUUGAUGCAUUUUUAGGCAAAGUUUCAGUAAAGAGGACCAAAGCAAGCCUUAAAGGAAAAUUCAGCUCACUGUACACAGCUUUAUUGACCAUUUCGGCGCUGCUAUUUAUAUCUCACUUCACAGCAAGUCAUUUUUCGGAAGGUUGGGGAUAUUAUUGGGGAAUAUUUUUGGUGUCUAGCUUAGCACUUUUUAAAGUUGCCAUGAUUUAUGGAACAGCAUUGAUAGAUAAACCGUUGCUUAACUCUUAA